UUUUUUUUCUUGCCAACAAUCAACCUUCUCCACCACCCCGACUUUUUGCAUCAUGAGCUCAGAGUUGGCGGACGAGGUUCUCGCGCAGUUGCUGUCGAUGGGCUACGACAUGGAUCGUGCGACGAACGCAGUGGUGCACCACCAUCGACUGACUGUGCAAGACGCGAUCGACUUCAUGGAGCAGGGCGAAGACGCGCGCGACGUUCAGUUUGACUCUCAGCAGCCAGUCUUGCGCCUCGACCGUCGCGACCCGCUUGUCGCCGCCGUCCAGGCCGAGCAAGCAAUGCACGCUCGCAAUAGCGCAACCUGGCAGAACGCUGGCCACACUGCCCGCGCACACGAUGAGGAGGAUGAGGAUGAUGAUGCGGCUGCUGAUGGCGGGCUGUCUGCGUUCAACUUGCCAAUCGAGCCCUCUGCAGUGCCAAUGGACACUUCUACUGCUCCAGCGCCACAGACGAAUACCCCUGCACCCAUUGCCAGCCGUUUCGAUCGCGAAAGUCAAGCCGGGUAUGCCUCACGAGAAAGCAUCCGGUUUGCUGAAGAGCGUCGCCGAGCCCGUGAAUUUGCAGAGGCGACUCGUCGCCAAAUUCACGAUGCAGCCUUGGCAGACCGUUUGGAGCGUGAAAGAAAAGUUGCCGCAAAGACUUCCGCGGCACCCACAAGCGUAGCAACAACUUCUAAUGCUCCCUCCCAACCCGCCGCUGCUGCUGCAUCCGCUGCAUCCGGGGCUUCUCUGCAGAUCCGUCUGCCAAACAACGCGACGUUUCGCCAUCAGUUUCCUGCCAGUGCAACCAUGAGCGACGUUGUGGCAUAUCUUUCAGAACAGCUCGGCAGCUUUUCCUUUGCAACUCAUGCGUUGCUCCAGGCGUAUCCCGCGCGUACCUUUACCACGAACGACCUCAGUGCCACUGUCCAAGAGCUCAAGUUGUGUCCCUCAGCAGCUCUGACGGUUCGGCCGCUCCCUCAUCACGUUGCUGCAACUCUGGCGAGUCCUGAUGCGACGACGACCGCUCCCCCCGUUGACGAAGCGCAGCCUCAAAGUCCCGGUGUCGACGCGCAACCCGAGGCUGCAUCAGCAGUGGUGGCCAACCCGCCACAGCACCGAGCAGCACCCCGCACUGGCAUUCCGUCGUCUUCGGCUCUCCUCGCUCGCUUUGCGGCUGGUGUUGCUGCGGUGUCACCGGACAAUGUUCCCGAGCAGCUUGCUCCUUCUACUGAUGCCAGAGAGACUGUGGCACAGCCUCCAGAACCAGAAGACCACCGCAGCCGCAAUGUCCGGGCAGCCAGAUUGCAGCGCUAUGCCCAACCGACUUCCCCGACCCCGACCCCCGGCAGCGUUUCGACUCCACACAUCGAGCCGACCAAUCCGUUCCCGCCUGGAACUGUGCUUUCCCCAUUCCUGCGCAGCUGGAUGCCUGGCUCGGGUGGUCCCAGUACGACCACCAGCCCCAAGUUGACCAACAUCCCUUCCCUGGCCGAGUUGGCGCUUCGAGCAGUCGCUAAACUUGUUGUUGCUGGCAGACACAAGCUUCGCUCUCUUGAUGGACUCUCGCAAGAGGUGGGCAUGCAGCUGAUGGCGCAGCUCGUGCGAGACAAGCAACUGUCGGACAAGAACAUGGGCGUCUUUUUGCCGUGCCAUCUCCAAGUCAUCCGACUGGACGCUUACCCAUACGUGACAAACGAGCUCUUGUGUGCCAUGCGUUUCUUUUCGCUACUUCAAGAGCUGUCCAUCCGAUCAGCCGAGUUUGUCACGCACGUCGGCAUCAAUCACAUUGCAGGCUUGAACAACCUUCGCGUUCUUGAUCUCGGCAUCACGCGUUUGAAUGAUCAAGCCAUGCCAACCAUUUCGCAGCUGCCGCUUACCGUUCUGAACCUCGAGCGCACCCUCAUCACUGAUUCGGGAUUGGCUCGACUGGCCCCGCUCGGCGCCACCCUGCAGCAUCUCGACAUUAGCGACUGCAGCAAGCUGACUGAACGCGGACUGGCCUUGCUUGCAGCAUUCCCGCAGUUGCGAACUCUGGCGAUUGCUGGACUGCCGUUGACCGAUGUUGGCCGCCUGAGCAAUUUCCCAGAACUGCGCUCGUUGAAUUUGGCCCGUACAGCCAUCGUGGAGGGCAAGCUGGAUAGUAUUCGUCGCUACAUUCAUCUGGUUCAUCUGUCGCUGGCCAACACAAAGCUUGGCGACAACGACGUUCGCUAUCUCCAGUAUCUGACCAAUCUCAGCAGUCUGAAACUUCCGUCCCGCUUCCAAAUUGGAAACAGUUCAAUUGCUCACAUUUCCAAGCUCCCGCUGACCGAGCUGGACCUCACCGACUACAUCCAUGUGACGGACGAAGGCAUUCAGUUCAUUUCUGCGCUCGCCCCAACACUGGUCUCGCUAUCCCUGUCUAACACCAAGCUCACGAGUGCUGGCAUUCCUGCGGUGGCAGCGUGCACCAAGCUGGAAGUCCUUCAGCUCGACCGCACACCGCUCAAGGAUGAUGUGAUUCCUCUGUUGGCACCUCUGACUCGCCUCCGGACGCUGAGUCUCUCGCGUACACAUCUCACCAGUGCUGUUGUGCGCUCUGGGGCAUUUUCGCCGUUCACUCGUCUGGAGUCGCUCAACCUCAGCUGGACCUUUAUCGAGAAUCAAGGACUGGACCAACUCCGCUUGCCAAUGCUCACUACUCUGAAUCUCGACUCGACGCGUGUGACGGCCAACGUGCCGUUGAUGCUCACUCAGCUCCCGGCGCUGACAACAGUGCGCAUGGUCGGGAUUGUUUCCGAAGAGGACACGGCGUUUGAAAUGGAGCGACAACGUCGCAUGGCUGCUCAUGCUGCACUGAUGCUUCAUGAUGCAAACCGCUUUGAUGCUGACCACGACGGACGAGACCAUGACGACAACGAGGAUGACCAUCAGGGCGAUGGCGAUGGCGACGGUGACGGCGACGACGAUCAUGACCAUGACGGCGAUGACGAUGCAGACAAUCCGUUCGACCGACCAUUCCGAGGACAGCAUGGCGGAUUCCCAGGAGGAUUCCCGGGACAGCACGGUCGUCGUAGACCGGGUGACCGCGGCGCGAAUAUCGCAGGUUUUGGUUUCCAGCAAGCCAAUCCUGAGCCGCGGGCGUUCCAGGGAAAUGGACGCGUUUUGGGUGGACGAUGAUGAGCUGUGCCUUGUGCAACGGUGGGCGGAACAAGCCCCCCCCCCAAGCCGUUCACACAUGCCAUCAUAAUUUGUAGAAAUCAUGUUGUAAAAUGCAAACACACACAAACGGCUCGUUUUGUACACAGA